AUGCGUGGGUCGGUUCUUGACGACAUCGGUGUGCCACAGGCCGUCGAUACAGACCCCAAAAUCACCCUCCAAGAUGCAGUAUUCCUCCUCGCGCGACUCCAGUGUCUGCAACCCAGCCCGUGCGGCCAAGCAUCCGUACUCUUCAGUAAGAUCACCUCACCCCUACAUAAACGCGACCGCUCGGGCGCCGGCACUCGCCGCUACAGGAUCACGGCUCCACGCCGACUCUGA